GGCAGGCAGCUGGAGUUUGGAGUGAGAGAAAAAGGCAGAGACUCGGCGCUCAAAGCAAGUGUUCACACCGGGAGAGAUCGGCUGCAGUCGCACUUUAAGGGACCACCCCACCCCCUGUCCUCUGUAGCGUAACUAUUUUUAUUUCACCACUUGGACAAUAACAACAGAGAGACAGUUUACGACUUGUUUGGAGCGUGUGGAGCAGCGCGCGGAGAUGGAGCUGUCAUCAAUAGGAGACCAAGUGUUUGCUGUUGAGUCAAUAACAAAAAAGAGAGUGAGAAAGGGUAAUGUGGAGUAUCUACUGAAAUGGCAAGGAUGGCCACCAAAGUACAGUACUUGGGAACCAGAGGAAAAUAUUUUGGACCCACGUCUGGUCCUGGCCUACGAAGAGAAUCAGGAGAAGAUCAGAGCUCUGGCCUAUCGCAGGAAAGGUCUCAGACCCAGGAGGCUCGUCCUGCGGAAUAUCUUUGCCAUGGACCUCCGCAGUGCCAACAAGGCCUUGGAGAAGCCCCCCCCUCGAUUGCGUCUCUCCCUCACCCGCUCCAUGAGUACAGAUGUGGACCAGGGCGAGCAGAGCAGCCUGUACCGUGGCCUAGCCAGGAGGAAGAGCAAGCAGAGGGUGUCCAAACGGGGGCCAGCGGGACCCUCAAACAAAACCACCUUUCCACUGGAGAAGAUUGAGGAGCCCAUUGAAGAGGACUGGGGCGUCACCAGCGAAGAAGAGAAGCAUGAGUCUGAAAGCAUUACUGAAGAGAGAAGUCAGUCAGAGUGCAGCUCCCCACCCUUGCUUGAGCGACAGGACUUAGAGAUGGACGUAGAGGAGAAGGUGGACGCCGACCUGACAGCGGUAGGCACAGAAACAUGGACUGACAGACCGGGCGGAGGGACAUCUGAAACGAGACAGAACCAAACGUUUGCGUGCGACCUAUCAAAAGACAGUGCCUCGGUGCCUGAGGCCAUACCGGAAGAUGUGGUUUCUGUGAGCGACAGGUCAGACUGGGACAUAGGUGAGGAGAGCGUGGAGUCAGAUGGAUUAGAGAUUAGAUUAGAGGGCAGUGUUUGUCAGAGCAGCAACACGACCUCGGUGAUAGUGAGCGUUCAGGGGAGCAGCAAGACGGCAUGUGAGUGCUCCCCUACUGAGGCGAGGAAUGAGGAAGUGAGUGACGACAGUCCGAGUGUUACCACGACAGCACCGGGCAGUCAGACUGCUCCCGUUGCAGCAGAACAACCCGGGAACGUGAUUUCUACAGACGUGACUAUCAACUCUCUGACGGUGACUAUUAAAGAAGCCGUUGUGGCUGAAGGCUUCUUUAAGGGCUAUUGAAUAAUGAGAAAGAGAUCAAGAGAGAUCAGAAUAACCAUCAUUAGACUAGCCACUCAUUUUAUACAUGUAAAUAUAUGUGUAUAUUGGGUAUUUCCAUCCAUCCAUCCAUUUUAAUCCGCUUAUCCGGGGGCCGGGUCGCGGUGCAGCAUGCUAUAAGCAAGGUAUUGUGGACAUCCCUCUGCCCAGCAACGUUUUCCAGCUCUUUCUGGGUAACCCCGUGGCGUUCCCAGGCAAAAUUAGAUAUAUAAUUUCUCCAGCGUGUUCUGGGUCUACCCCGGGGCCUUUUAUCAGUUGGACGGGCCUGGAAAACCUCUAAUGGUGUGUUCACACCAAAUUCAAAACAAACUUUUCAAGAUGCGUGAUUGUAAUUGUGAAUUACGAAGUCAAUGCAAAGACGCAAAUAGAUAGUCGCGAAAAUCAAACAGGGUUCAGAUACUCCUGCAUAGCCUUGAUCGUUCCAAACGUUUUACAAAUUGGCAUCGCGAUGUAGUUAUUUUGGCGUACUUUUAUCCCUUUAUUGCAAUUAACCACAGCUAAAUCUGUACCUCAAGUAGCGCUGGAAGCGGCAGUCAUCCGGAUGCACUUCCUGCACACCGAACUGUGUGUGCCUCCGGAUGAUGUCAUGAACCCAGACACGAUUUGGUUUUCCGACGUAUCUGGGACUUCCACAACGGGUACAAAGCAGCAAAAGUGGUUAUUUGGUUACAUGGUUGAUGAGGGAAAGAAAUGUUGUUGGUGCCAACAGUGAUACACCGUCGAGUCUCAUGUGAGUAACGCAAAUAAACACAAAUGCUCCCAAUAUGAUUGCCGUCAAACUUGCGCGAUCAACGCAAGGUGAAAGUUCCCUUCGCGGUUGGUGUAAACAGAACAUAACGGGAGGCACCCAGGAGGCAUCCUGAUCAGAUGACCAAUCCAACUCAACUCGACCCUUUAGAAGUAGCAGCUGGUGCUCUACUCCACGUUACCUCCGGAUGUCUGGGCUCCUCACCCUAUCAUAAAAGCCACCCUACGGAAGAAACCCAUUUCGGCUGCUUUUUUUCGGUCACUACCCAAAGCUCAUGACCAGGGCCACAGGGAGUCUGCGGACCCAGAAUUCCGCAGAUUUUCCGCAGAUUUUAAACAUUAUAUAAAAUAAGACUCUGAAUGUUAACACAUCUGAAUCAACGCUAAAAACUGUAAAAACAUCCGCAGAUUCUGUUUGGGUCUGCUCAUGACCAUAGGUGAGGGUCCAAACGUAGAUGGACUGGUAACGCUCGCAUCACUUCUGAUGCCGCAUCAAACCGCCUGUCCAUCUUUCACUCCAUUUUACCUUCACUCGUGAACAAGAAACCCAAGAUACUUGAACAUCUUCGCUUGGGGCAGUAACUCACUCCCAACCCAAAGGGAGCAAUCCAUCGUUUUCCGGCAGAGAACCGUGGCUUCAGACAUUUACUGACUAUCAUCCCAACCGCUUCACACUCCCUGCAAACCGCCCCAGUGCAUGCUGGAGGUUACGGUCUAAUGAAACCAACAGAAUCACAUCAUCUGCAAAGGCAUAUGGAUAAGUCUUCCCCCCCAAACUCUGCCUCCUCCACAGAGGAUGUGUUAGUCGGGUUCAGGAGUUCCUCAAAGUGCUCUCUUCACUGCUCGACAAUAUCUCCAGUCCGGGUCCGCACUUCUCCUCCCCUGCUGAACACAGCCUUAGCCAAGCCCUGCUUUUCCUUCCUGAGUUGUUUAAAGGUUUGCUAGAACUUCCUUGAGGACAAGCAAAAGUCUUUCUCCAUAGCCUUCCCAAACUUUUCCCACAUCCUGGUUUUUGCUUUGGCGACCGUCUUAGCCCGUCUGACCAACCGGCUGCUUCAGGAGACCCCUGGGCCAAUCAAGCCGAAAGGCCUCCUUCUUUAGCUCAAAGGGUCAUUAGGUUGCUGCCACGAACAGACACUGACAAACUUCUGACCACAACUCCUAGUAUCUGCCGCCACAAUGGAGGUUUUGAAAAUGGCCCACUCAAAUUCCCCUGUCCUCAACCUCCCCGGGAUGCACAAAAAAAUUCUUCCGGUGGCAGGAGUUGAAGACCUGGCGGACAGGAGCCUCAGCCAGACAUUCUCAGUUCAUCCUCAAUACACGUUUGGCCCAGCCCCUCUCCAGGAGUUUGGUUCCAGAACCAGCGCAAAUAUAUCUAGCUGAUAUCGCUCCACCUCCUGCACCAGCUCCAGUUCCUUCCUCGCCAGAGAGGCGACGUUCCACGUCCCUUUAGAGCCAGUCUGCGAUGCCAGGGGUCAAAACGCCGACGUUCCCACCUUUGCCUGCCGCUCGUCUCACAAUGCAGCCAACCCCAAUGCCUAUCCCUGCGAGUGUUGGGCCCACAGGGUGGCAGCUCCACGUUGUUCUUUCAAGAUGUGCCUGACCGAGCCCCAUAGGUCAAGACUCUAUAGGUAAUUCCACGUGUUUACAAAGCUACACUCAUUUCCUACUGAGUUCAAGAAGACAUUGUUGCCUUUGAAUAAUUAAUGAGUGGUAAUUGUAUCAUUGUGGCUCAUGUAUUAGGCGUGAUAGGAAGCCUGAGGCCCCAAAAAUGUCCUCAAAUCAUCCAUUGCAAUCCAGAGGACUAAAUGGAUCUCCAUGGCAGCUUUCAUUCCUGGGGUCACUGGUUCUCUGAGAGGUGGCGACAGAUGCUGAGACAGAUGCUGAGACAACAAACGAAACAAACCACAUUACUACUUCCAUGCAGCUACUUUUUCCAGUCAUCCUCCAGCCAGACACACUCAAAUCUGUUCUUGGGGCCUGUUUCAGGCGCUCCUUUUUCUUGAUAAUAAUGUUUUGUAAAGAUAUUGUUCUUUUUCAGUAUUUGCACAGUAUUUAGUUACUGCAUGCCCUGUCAGUGUGUGCCACACAUCCACAAAGCCCUGUCCUGUGGUUUGUUAAGGUCUAUUUCUGUCACACACAAAAAAUAAAACAAAGCAAGAAUUAAUGCCUGCCGCUUAGAUUCUAAGUUCUGCAUUUCAAGGAGGCUGGAUGCACAAAAAGAAGUACACAGUUGUGUUUGUUGUCUGUCUUACUGUCCUUUUACUUUUCAAGUAUGAAAUGCUACCUGGUUCUAUUUUUGUAUUACCAAUUGUUAGUCUUCUCUUUUCACUAGCCUUUGUGUAUUUCAAAAGAGGAGAUAUCAGUUUACAUCACUGCUGUUCCGCCGUGUACAAAUGGAAGCAAAUGUGCGUUAGGUCAGACUGUAGUGCGCUAUUAUUUAUUGCAUGUCACAUGUAUAAGCUAAACUAACUUAUGUCACUUAUGUGUCUUUCUCUGACAAAGAUGAACUGUCAAACAUGUCUUCUCUCUAAAAAUGGAUUUUUAUUUUGCAUUUCCAAUAAAUAUGUACUAAAA